ACUGAGUCGAGGAGCUUUCGUCGUUCGACCGGUCGACAUACCGCCCUCGAGUCUAAGUCUUCUCUUCCACUCUUCUCGACGACGCCAACGAUGACCGUUCCGUCCAUUUAAACGCCAUCCUCCCCCUCGCUCUCCUCGUCCCCCCACAUUGCCUUCCUCUCGCCCUCGAUUCUCGCUCUACCUUGAUUCAUCGCCGGUUUGGUAGCCGAACACCCGCCGCGAAACGAUGGUGAGGUUGCCGUACCUGACCGCGCUCACCACGCUCUUCAGCUAUGGUCUCCUCUUCGCCUUCGGGCAGAUGAGGGAUUUCUUUCGGAGGCUCAUCGAUUGGUCCAAAUCCAAGUCCAAGGACCUCAAGGGCUAUGCGCCUAUCUGCUUGGGGCUAGAAGAUUUCUACACCCGCCGGCUUUAUCUCAGGAUUCAGGACUGUUUUAGCCGACCAAUUGCGAGUGCACCAGAUGCUUGGUUUGAUGUAGUUGACCGUUACUCUAAUGACAACAACAAGACACUGCACCGGACCUCAAAUACUACAAAGUGCCUGAAUCUGGGAUCAUACAACUACCUUGGAUUUGCAGCAGCUGAUGAAUACUGUACACCUCAUGUUAUUGAUUCUCUGAAGAAAUAUUCACCCAGUACAUGCAGUGUUCGUGUUGAUGGCGGGACUACAAACCUGCACACUGAGCUGGAGGAACUGGUUGCAAGGUUUGUGGGAAAACCAGCUGCUUUACUUUUUGGUAUGGGUUAUGUGACAAACUCUGCAAUUAUCCCUGCUCUAAUUGGGAAGGGAGGAUUGAUCAUUAGUGAUUCUUUGAACCAUAACUCUAUUGUCAAUGGUGCCCGAGGAUCUGGUGCAGCAGUACGUGUUUUCCAGCACAACAGCCCCUCGCAUUUGGAAGAGGUUCUGAGAGAGCAGAUAGCUGAGGGACAGCCUCGGACGCAUAGACCUUGGAAAAAGAUAAUUGUCAUUGUUGAGGGUAUCUACAGCAUGGAAGGAGAACUUUGCAAGCUUCCUGAAAUCAUAGCAGUCUGCAAAAAGUAUAAGGCCUACACAUAUUUGGAUGAAGCCCACAGCAUCGGCGCUGUUGGAAAAUCAGGCAGAGGGGUCUGUGAGCUCCUAGGAGUAGAUACAGCUGAUGUGGACAUCAUGAUGGGAACAUUUACAAAAUCAUUUGGAUCUUGUGGAGGCUACAUUGCAGCAUCAAAGGAAAUCAUCCAAUUUCUUAAGUACACUUGUCCUGCACAUCUGUAUGCCACAUCCAUAUCACCACCUGCUGUGCAACAAGUUAUCUCUGCAAUUAAGGUUAUCCUUGGGGAAGAUGGUUCGAAUAGAGGGGCUCAGAAACUUGCACGCAUCCGUGAAAAUAGCAACUUCUUCAGGUCAGAACUUCAGAAAAUGGGAUUUGAGGUUCUUGGUGAUAAUGAUUCUCCAGUUAUGCCAAUAAUGCUCUACAACCCAGCAAAAAUCCCAGCCUUCUCAAGGGAAUGUCUUAGACAGAAUGUUGCGGUUGUGACUGUUGCAUUUCCUGCAACACCACUGCUUCUUGCAAGAGCUCGCAUCUGCAUAUCUGCUUCACACUCCAGAGAAGACCUGGUAAAAGGUUUGGAGGUGAUCAGCAAAGUUGGUGACCUUGUGGGCAUCAAGUACUUCCCUGCAGAAUCACCUAAACUUGCAGAACAGAAGAAAAACCUGUAGUAAAAGGCUCAGUUGUUGAUUCACCGGAAAUCAUGAUACGAGGGACAUCAUGGGCUGCAUCAACCUUAUCUUGUCCUAUGUAUGCUCUUUGAAGUGGAUCUACUUAGGCUGUUCUUGGGAAAAAAAUAUUUCUCAACGAUUUGAUUCUCUAAUAUGUCGUGUACAGUGAGUGUAGCAAGUUCCAAGCAUUGCUUUUGUUUGAUGCAGUCACUAUCAUGUUAAUUCUUUAUGUGAUGUUGUAGUAAUAUUAGCUAUAGAUUCGCUUCAAUGUACUGUAAGGAAGUUGGUGGAAUUCAAAGAUGGAUUACAGUCCACA